UGUCAGCACGCUUCGUGUUUUAGGAGCCUUCGGCUGCUUUUUACGGAUUGCAGGGCUUGUUUAUCAUAAACAUCAGUGGUGCCUAUGCGACUAGAGAUCACCCUGUAAUCCUUGACAUCAUUCUCUGAACCAUGCAAACUGCUACAGCUGCUUUUAGCACACACCGAGAGAUUUCGACAUUGACGUGCACUCUUUCUGAAAAAUGUUAGACCAUCCUUUACUGUACUAAAUAAAGCUUGAAGAUUUACUUUCGAGCCCGACUGAGGAAUUUAAGGCAUGGAGUCACCCACUAAGGAAAUCGAAGAGUUUGAGAGUAACUCUCUCAAAUAUCUGCAACCGGAACAAAUAGAGAAAAUAUGGCUGCGGCUCAGGGGACUGAGAAAAUACAGGAAAACCUCCCAGAGAUUGCGAACUUUGGUCAAACAGCUGGAACGAGGUGAAGCUUCAGUCACAGAACUGAAGAAGAAUUUAGACUAUGCAGCUACAGUGCUUGAGACAGUCUACAUUGAUGAGACAAGGCAUCUCCUCGAUGCAGAGGAUGAACUCAGCAAUAUCCAGUCGGACUCUGUUCCCUCAGAGGUCCGUGACUGGCUGGCUUCCACCUUUACAAAACAAAUGGGGAUGAUGCUGAAGAGAACAGAGGAGAAACCAAGGUUCCGCAGCAUUGUCCAUGCUGUCCAGGCUGGGAUAUUUGUCGAAAGAAUGUAUAGGCGCACAUCAAAUAUGGUUGGACUAAGCUACCCUCCUUCAGUCAUCGAUGUGUUAAAGAAUGUAGAUAAAUCGACCUUCAAUGUUUUUGCACUGAAUGAGGCCAGUGGAGAACAUGCACUCAAAUUCAUUGUUUAUGAUCUUUUCACCAGAUAUGACCUCAUCAGUCAUUUCAAGAUCCCUAUAUCCUCCCUUGUGUCAUUCAUUGAAGCCCUAGAAGUUGGAUACAUGAAGCAUAAAAACCCCUAUCACAAUCUACUACAUGCAGCAGAUGUUACGCAGACUGUCCAUUAUUUUAUCCUAAGAACUGGUAUUGUGCACUGGAUGACAGAACUGGAAAUCUUCGCUAUGCUAUUUGCAGCUGCUAUUCAUGACUAUGAGCACACGGGGACUACAAAUAAUUUCCACAUUCAGACCAGGUCUGAUGCAGCUAUUUUGUACAAUGACCGAGCAGUACAGGAGAGUCAUCAUGUGAGUGCAACUUAUCGUCUGCUACAAGACGAUGAGGAAAUGAACAUCCUGUUCAACCUUUCCAAGGAUGACUGGAGGGAGCUUCGAGCCCUGGUAAUUGAGAUGGUCUUGGCAACCGACAUGUCCUGCCACUUUCAACAAGUCAAAGCUAUGAAGAAUGCCUUACAGCAACCAGAGGGGAUCGACAAAUCAAAGGCCCUUUCAAUGUUGCUGCACACUGCUGAUAUCAGCCAUCCAACUAAAGCCUGGGAAAUACAUCAUCGCUGGACUAUGGCACUGUUGGAGGAAUUCUUCAGACAGGGUGACAAAGAGGCCGAACUGGGACUUCCUUUCUCUCCGCUAUGUGAUCGGAAUUCAACCAUGGUGGCUCAGUCCCAGAUAGGUUUUAUUGAUUUUAUUGUGGAGCCAACAUUUUCCGUUCUGACUGACAUGUCUGAAAAGAUUAUAACACCCCUGGUUGAUGAAGCAUCCCACUCUAGCGGAGGUGGAUUUCGGCGAGCCAGUCUGCACAGCAUUUCGCCCACUGAUGUGAAACGGACAAAUGUGAAGUCUAUACUAUCUGAAGGAAGUUCCUCCAUAAAUUCUUCCCUGCUCACGGUAGAUAUGAAAAAGUUUAAAAGUAUCUGGAGUGAAAUAUUGCAACAAAACCGUGAAAAUUGGAAGGCGCUGCAUGCAAAAGAUACAGAAGAAAAAUCCAGAAAAGAAGCUGAAGAAAAGACCAAAGAAGACUCCAAGGAAGCAUCAGGGAAGAAAGAAGAUCAAGUGGCUGAACAGGACAAAGACAAUGAACAAGUAAAAGGCCAUGAAACUAAUGUAAAUCAAACCAAUAACAUUGCUUUCAUUUCUAAGUCUCAGAAGGAUGCAAGCUAUUGGAAAACAGAGAAAGGAACUGGCAGCAAUAUGUCAGAAAGCAGAGCACGGCUUAUACAGAAUGGUGAGUCAAAGCCUUGUUAA